GAACUUUCUUACACUUCAGCCCUCGUAUCUACACCAACAUUUGAACCAGUUUGAGCUCCACUGCAAUGGUUCAUCCUGAAAUCGGAUUGGAGGUCGUUAUCGACUCUUCGAUCAUCAAAAACAAUGAACAACCCACGAAGCAAACUAUCAUUAAAAAACAAGAAAACCAAUCAAUGCGAUCACAACAAGCCAUAAUAGCUAAGAUCAAUGCAAGCUACUUCAGGAUUUGCAUAUCCUUUGGUGCUCAAGCUUUGUUAUGGAAAACAAUAAGUGAAAAAACCGAAUUUUCCCAAAGUUUCGAUAACUUGUUCACCAAAUUACCUUCCACCACCUACUUUCUCAUCUGGUGUCUUGCGUUAUGCAUAUUUGUCUCUCUCUCUAUACUCUACAUUCUUAGGUGCAUUUUCCAUUUAAACAUGGUGAAAGCAGAAUACCAUCACCAUAUAGGAGUAAAUUACCUUUUUGCCCCUUGGGUAUCAUGGCUUUUGUUGCUUCAGUCAGCUCCCAAGUUCAUUUUUAGAAAUAAAUAUUCAUAUGAAUACAUAUGGUGGCCGCUUAUUAUUCCUGUAAUUGCUCUAGAUGUUAAGAUAUAUGGGCAGUGGUUCACGACGGAGAAACGGUUUCUCUCGAUGGUGGCGAAUCCCACGAGUCAGAUGUCCGUGAUUGGGAACUUAGUAGGUUCCCAUGCUGCCAUUAAAAUGGGAUGGAUAGAAAGUGGUAUUUGUUUGUUUACAUUAGGGAUGACACAUUAUUUGGUAGUGUUUAUCACCCUUUACCAACGUUUUACGGGCAAUAAUCACAUUCCUUCACGACUCAGACCCGUCUUCUUCCUCUUUGUCGCCACCCCGAGCAUGGCCGCCUUAGCUUGGAAAUCGAUUAGUGGAAACUUUGAUAUAUUAUGCAAAAUGCUCUUCUUUCUAUCCUUAUUUCUCUUCACAUCAUUGGCUAGUCGGCCGGUGAUGUUCAAGAAAUCAGUGAAAAACUUUAGUGUGGCAUGGUGGGCUUUCUCCUUUCCACUUUCUUUCCUUGCACUUGCCUCCAUGGCGUACGCUCAUCAGGCAAAGGAUGUAACUGCAACAAGUUUGGCACUUGUUUUAUCAGCAAUUUCUGUACUUGUUUUCGUGUUUCUGCUCGUCUGCUCGUCAUUGAAGAUUGACUCGUUGCUUCGCAAACCCAUUCUCAAUUUCUCUAAUGAAAGUUGAUCUUUUGUCCUCUAAUGUAUAAUUAAUUUUGUUACUACUUUUUACUUAACGUUGAUUCCGUUGUAUCUUGGAAUAUAAAUAUAUGUUUUUUUUUUAAAGAUCAUAUAAAUAUAUGUUGCUUGAUGA